AUGGCAGAAGCUGAUGCUAGUCAAAUGAACAACAUGAAGGAUGCAGGCAUUAGCACACCCCAUAUAUAUGCUAUGUUAGCUAAUCAAGCAGGUGGUUAUGAGAAUGUUAAUUAUACCUUAAGGGAUAUGUAUAAUGAGAUUUCUAGAAGCCAAUUAGAUUAUGAGAUAUUUGGAGAUGUGCUUGCUUUUGAUGCAAUAUACAAGAAGAACAAAUACUUGUGUUCGGUAGUAGUAUUUUUCGGUGUGAAUCAUCACAACCAAACAGUGGUAUUUGGAAGUGCUCUAGUUACCGAUGAGAAUAAGGAGGUCUACGUGUGGUUAUUACAACAACUAUUGGCAGCUAUGAAGGGAAAAACACCUAUAUCUGUGAUUACAGAUGGUGCUUCAUUAAUGAAGUUUGCAAUUGAGGCGGUAUUCCUAAAUUCUCAUCAUAGAUUAUGUGCUUGGCACCUCAUUCGGAAUGCCACAAGUAAUGUUGGAAACCCAAAAUUCACUUCUAUGUUUAAGAAGUGUAUGCUAGGAGAUUAUGAGAUUAGUGUGUUUGAGCAGAAGUAG